AUAUAAAAGUUUUACCGUAUGCUUUCCAAAUUAACCGAUAUUACGUUGAAUUUGGAAUUUCCAACAAUACAGAUCAAUAUGAUGAAAGUAGUAAUAUUAUUAAGAUGAAUAGGUUAAUCGAAAGUAGAAAAAGACUGAAUUCUAGAUGGAAUGAAAAUGAAGUUAGAAAAUUGCUUGAUGCAGUUGUUGAACAUGGAACAAAUUGGAAAACUAUUUGGGAUCAAUAUUUUAGACCAAAUCGAAAUCCUAGUAGUUUAAGAGGGAAAUGGGAAAGAUUGCAUUACGCCAAACAAAGACCAUCAUAUCAUAAUCCAUGGACACCAGAAGAAGAUAAAAUAUUAGCUGCUGGAAUCGCUAAAUAUGGA